AUAUGAGAGGGUCUCCCGGGUGUAGCUUCACUGCAGUGUAGAGAAGGGCAGGGCGGCUGUUUCAGUACGAUGCGCUGAAGGAUGGUGCACCAGGAGAAACGCGUUUACCAGGCCCAGAGAAAUGAGAGAGAGUCCAUCAGGCAGAAACUUGCCCUUGGCAGUUUCUAUGACGACGAGCCAGUCAUCUACACCAGCUGCAGCAAGAACGGCCUGUCCUCCCGGCUGCAGAGUGGGGUGAACCUGCAGGUGUGUUUUGUGAACGACAGCAGCAGCGACAAAGACAGCGAUGCUGAGGACAGCAGGACAGAGACCAGUCUGGACACGCCGCUGUCCCCUGUGAGCAAGCAGAGCUCCUCUUUAUCAGACCGGGACACGGCGGAAGAGGACUCAGACCCGUUAGAUGACUGCGGGGGGUUCUGGCGGGUGCAGCGGAGGCUGCAGGAGGAGGCCCGGGUGGCGUUGGCUCUGGCUCGACCCAUGGCCCGUAUGCAGGUGGAGGUGGAGAGGCAAAUCCAACUGCACAGACGUUCACCUGUGGCUGACUUGCUUCCCCAUCUGCCCCACAUCAGCGAGGGCUUGAUGAAGAGGAAUCUGAGGCGAGGGGACAUGAGGGACAUGAGUCUCGGACAGCUGCAAGUCAUCACAAAUGACUUACACUCACAGAUUCAGAGUCUAAAUGGGGAGCUGGUGCAGUUGCUGCUGAUAAGGGACGAGCUGCACGUGGAGCAGGACGCCAUGCUGGUGGACAUAGAGGACCUCACCAGGCACGCUCACAGCCAUCAGCGGCACCAAGCAGAGAAAGCCAUCUCUAAAUAAACAGCCCGUCUACACGUGUGUCCGUCUGCACGCCAUCUUACCUCUUGCUCCAUGGAUUGCCACCAGUGUUACUAAUGAAGCUCCAUCUGUGCUGAAUGUUUCCGGAGAAGUGAAUAUACCAUAUACCCAGUGUUAUCACACAGACGUACCACAAAAAUGUAAUGCGCCACAGAAUGUUGUCGAAGGUCAGAAGACAAUGAUACAGGAGCAGAGUGAUCGCUGCUUUCAGUAUGGACACUGUUGAGUUUUUGCAGGCUUUUUCACUUCCACUCAGCAUGAUUAAUCAUGCCAUAUUUUAUAGAAAUAGGGGAAUCCUCUCAACAUUAUUGCAUCCCCUAACCCCGAUUUACCUCUUCAUGAUUUUGCACGCUAUACACUCAUGUUCAUUCUGGGAUAGAGAGAGCGCCUGCUUGCCUUGUUUCUCCAUUGUCUGAUGACUUCUCGGGGGCCUCGCCUGACUGCACUUUGUCUUUUCUUUGUCACUAUAUUAGAUAUCAAGAGAUUGAUCAGUUCAUAUCUUCACCUAUUUAUCGUUA